GUUCAGUCCUCCAUCAGCCGUUCAGGCCUGUGAAUCCUCUUACAUCUCCCUCUACUGGUCUCUCGCUCUUCCCGCCUGUUUUUUCCCUCUCUCUUUCUUGCUUGCUUGUCCCUCUUCUCCCCUCGCUGCCCGUCUUGUCUCUCCCGGAAGCAAGCCGUUGUCAACGCCUCCAUAUCCUGCACAGGAUAGGAUUUUGGUCUGGAUCUGAGCUCGCUACCGAAUCACCGUCGUCGAGAUGGCUGUAAUAUGGGGGUUGGAUCUCAAGGAGAUGCAGUGGUGGAAGUUCAAGGCCUCCUACAUGUUCAACCGGGUCUACCAUCUUCGAUGCACAAAGAUGAUAGUAUAUCAGAUUGCCAUGAUUCUCUGUGUCAUCUCCGAAUCAGUUGGAACGGCUGCGUUAUCAGAUUACGUGGAUCAACAGGACGGCAUUCAACGUCGCAGCAAUGGCCUGGCACAUGUUCAUAACGACGACUACGUUGGCAUCGCCUCCUACAACAUAUUUGUCGGUAUUGCCGUCGCCACGAUCUUCGGCUCCGGGUUCUUCUUCGAUCUCUUCUGGCCUGAGCGCACUGAGAGCAAGUCCGUCAGACUUGCGUGGAAGAUAUCUUCUCUGACUGUCUCGCUCAUGGCGCUUGCAGACGCUAUAGCCAUGACGGUCAUCGUAGCCACACGCAAAACAUAUAUCACGGGCGUCUCGCCGGAAUACGCAAAUCUGCUUUUCGUCCAAAACGGCCCCCCACCUGUUCUAUACCGAAAGAACUCAGAAUGCGUUGCAUCGGUAGUGAUUCUCUGGCCGGGCGUCGUCGCGUCGUUCGCUAGCACCUAUAUAAUGUGGAGAUCGCACUUCCACGACGACCAGUUCGGCCCCUUAGCCGCGCGCUACCGAAGCAAGGCCUCCGACGAACUGACCGACCUCCCAUCAUACAGCAGCAAGCCCGUCGGCGAGCAAGAGUCCGCUGCCCGGGUGGACAGCUCAUCUAGCCGUGAUCCCUACCUCCCAUCCUGGACCAGCAAGCCCCUCGGCGAGGGAGAGGUCGCUGUGCCAGUGGACACUUCUUCUAGCCGGGAUACCUACUCCCCUACUGGACCGGCAAGCCCAUACAGCUCUUCGAGUCGGGAUCCCUACUCUUAUUGGACCGGCACUCCCGUCGGCGAGGCUGACAUCGCUGUGCCGGUAGACGGCUCUUCUGGUCGGGAUAGUCCCUACUACCCCCCCUACUACACCCGCAAGCCCGUCGGCGAGGACGAGACCACCGUGCCAGUAGACAGCUCUUCUAGCCGGGGUCCCUAUUAUGAAGUCUGAGCAAUACAUGAAAGACGACGCCGCUUCUUUCUUCUAAAAAACAAACAUCAAAACAAAAAUUUAGAUUUCCUCACCAAAUGUCUUUUUAAUAUUUCUUUUAAGGGGAAUCAUUGGGUCGUUGGCGGGUGUAAAUAGAGAGAUUGGGUUUUUUUGAGCGCACUCAGAUAUACCCCUGAGCGAUAGAUGAUAAAAUAAAAAACCAGGGUCGUACCUUUUUCUUAUCCGAUCCUUUCAAAGCUGAAGUUCAGGAUGUGUUUUUGCCUUGCCUUGCCUUGCCG